AUGACCCAAUCCGCAUUCUUCCUUCGUGCCCGUGCAAUAUCUUUCAGCUGCAUUAUGUUUCUGGGUCUACUGUGGAUUAUCAUUCACAGUCUGUGUUUAUUCGCGCAGUGGGAUGUCAUGGAUCACUUUGAACGCUCUCUCAUCUUCAUCAUGCUUCUUGUCAACACUGCGACUCUAAUAAUGCUCCCUAUACUUCUAAUCAACGAAUUUCGUCCGUGGCUCGAUGCCACUCGUUGUCUGUUCCUGAUUCUCUGCCAUUUUGGCAUGGCUAUAUUCUUUGCUGUAAAGAAAUCCUCUUUCCAGUGCAUAUACUCAAAUCCUGACCAGGAUGCUGUCUGCGACCUAAUCAUUUUGUAUAUUUCUGUCACAAGCUGGUUCAUACCCGUGUUAGUUGUGGGUUAUUCAUGUGGCUUGGCGUAUCUCGUUUACAGAGUUUCACAAACACAAGAUACAACGCCAAACGAUGUCGAAAAACAGCAAGUAGAUGCUUCAAAAAGUGAUGAAGGCGAAUCAACACCUAAACUAGACACCUAUCAUUAUGCUAUCUAG